AUGGUUGAUGUUGUUGUCUCUUCCAUAGUGCGGAGACUUGGUGGUCUUCUCAUUGAUCAAGUAAUUUUUUUGCAAGGAGUGAGAGAUGAAGUCAACUAUCUGAGAACCAAAUUGGAAUACAUGUUGUGUUUCUUGAAAGAUGCAGAAGAAAAACAAUAUCGAGACAGUAGGAUACGCAAAUGGGUAUCCGAUAUUAGAGAUGUUGCUUACGAAGCCGAGGAUAUUAUCGACAAGUUUGUUCUCAAAGUUAAAGGAGGGAUUCCCAAAAGGACAGGGUUCAAAGCUUGCCUCAGAAAGUACUUUUGCAUCUACAAACAAGCAAACAAGUAUGGGAUAGGUAAGGAGAUUCAAGAAUGGAAGAAUAGACUCGAUGAAAUAGAUCGAAAUCAUGAAUUUUUCAAGAUUAGAAAUAUCGAAGCUACUGGGGAGGGAUCAAGUAGCAUGAAUGAGAGAUUCAAGAAACUACUAAGGACAACACCUUAUGAAGACGACCAACAUGUUUUAGGCUUCACGAAGGAUGUUAAGUUACUGACAUCUAAACUUCUCCAAGAAACGCCCCAUCAAUGUGUGAUUUUGAUUGUGGGCAUGGGCGGUUUGGGUAAGACGACCUUAGCUCGAAAACUUUACAACUCUAGCAGUGUUGGAGAUAAACUUUACAACUCUAGCAGUGUUGGAGAUAAAUUUAAACGUAAAGGUUGGGUUUCUGUAUCCAAGGAUUACAACAUCCAAAAUCUUCUUCGAAGAACAACAAAAUCUUUCAAGAUGCCAACCACCAAAGAUGAAUUGGAGAUGUUGGAAAAGAUGGAAAAAGAAGAUUUGGAGUGCCAUUUACAUGAGUUGUUGAAAGAAAGUCGAUACCUGGAGGUGAUUGCGAUUUCUACUUCUAUACUAUCUAAUGAGUCUUCUCGUAUUCCAUUCUUGAACGGUGAUAAUUUUUCGGACUGGAAGGACAAAAUCCUUCUAACAUUAUGGUGCAUGGACCUCGAUCUGGUACUUCGUGUGGAUGAACCUCCUGAACCCACGGACGAGAGUUCUGCUGCAGAAAAGAGUGCUUAUGAUAAGUGGGAGCGAUCCAAUCGCUUAAGCCUAAUGCUCAUAAAGUCACAAAUUAGCCAGAGCAUUAGGGGCUCAAUCCCACCAUCUGAUAAGGUCAAGAACUACAUGAGGGCUAUUGAAGAGCAAUUUGUUAGUUCUGACAAAGCAUUGGCAAGUACCCUAAUGAACAAACUAUCAGGAAUGAAACAUAACAAUUCUAGGAAUGUGCGUGAGCACAUUAUGGAAAUGAGGGACAUUGCAGCUCGUCUUAAGUCCUUAGAGAUUGAGAUUUCUGAGUCAUUCCUUGUCAAUUUCAUACUCAAUUCUCUUCCUGUGGAAUAUGGAGCAUUCCAAAUUUCUUACAACACACAGAAGGAAAAAUGGUCUAUCAAUGAACUUUUGACCAUGCGUUUUUAA